AUGUCCCGAGCAAGAUAUCCAUACGCAGACACUGUUCAGCCAACCUCUAAAAUCGCAGCCAGCCAAAAUCCACCUCUGUGGGAAGAGUUCACUCAGCUACAAGAAAGAUCUUCUUCCGGCGAUAACAACAUGUCGGCCCGUCGUAAUUCCCAGGGCCGAUUUACGGCAAUGAGAGAUAGCCAAGAAGCUAUUACGCCCAGUGGCAAUCGACGUCAAGCCUUGAACCAAUCUCCCAGGCCCGCGGCAAGCUCCCAACGCCAGCGACGCAUAGCAGCAAUAAAGAAUGUUCCAUACAUGCUGCAGGGAGCAGAAGGAAACCUACAUUAG